GUGUCAUGUCAGCCUCCAUGAACAACGUGAAGACAUCUGACAAUCCAUGAACGUUAACCUCAAUUAUCUGGCACGUUAUUGUUUGUAGUCCCUGAAAGGAGCCAAAAUGUCUACCCUGGUGACGUUGAACAGCACUAUUCGGUCCCAGCUGGUUUCCGUCUUGUGUAGACAAUUUGCAACAAGGACAAAUGUGGAAGUACCAAGAAUAACGACUCCUCAUAAACUAAAGGUACAGUUUCAAAAGAAGGAGAGAAACAUUCUGAGAAAGAAAGCCAUACAGGCCAAAAUUAACAUGACAAAUAAGAGGUCUGCCCUGGUGAUCAGCUGUAAACGUGUUCAGUACAACCAUCACCAAGGACAGACUUACAGUGAAUUCAACCCCAGCAAGUUGGCUUCCCAUGGCUGGAGCAACUACAAGUCCAUAGGGGAUCAUUUUACAAUCAAAGCAAACAGCAAGAAUCCAGCGCUGCAAACAAUUAAUGAGACAGUGCGGACAUUUGAAGAUUUUGACCUGAAUGAAAAAUUAUUGGAGCAGAUUGAGGAACUAAACUUUGAAUAUCCCACCAAGAUACAGAGGCGUACAUUCAGUGCUGUUCUACAAGGACAGAAUGUGAUCUGUGCUGCAGAAACAGGGAGUGGUAAAACAUUGGCCUACCUGCUACCUAUCAUGGAGUUGUUGUGGCGCAUGCAGGCUAAUGAGACAGCUGAGGAUACUCCACCAAACUCACCCCGAGCCAUCAUUAUAUUGCCCUCUCAGGAACUGGCUACCCAGGUCGCAGAAGUUGCAAAUAAGUUCACAAAAUCCUGUGGUAUCAAGUUGCAGCUGCUAUCAGGGAAAGGAAUCCCUACACAAAACAUCAGAUUUUUCGGAAAAGAAACCAUAGACAUUGUUGUGUCUACUCCAAUGACACUGCUGAAAUUCUUCUACUCAGGUAAGCUGACGGGUGCCAGGUGUCAGCAUUUGGUGCUUGAUGAGGCAGACACUUUAUUGGAUGACAGCUUCAGCGAUGUCAUCAAGAAAAUAAUGCAGAAAUUACAGAUUAUUGUACCCAGUGCAUCUAGUGCUCUGACAACAGAUGACCAACCGUAUGUGAUGUCUGGGACCCAGUUGCUCCUGAUCAGUGCCACCAUGCCACGCAGUCUGGAUAGCAUCCUUGAGGACUUUAUUGAGAUUGAAUCUUUCCAAAGAAUAAAGACUGAGAGCCUACAUCGCCUGUUACCACAUGUUCCUCAUACAUUUAUGCGCCUCCAUCAUGAACAGAAGGCUGAUGAGAUACUGAGGCUGGCAAAGGAAAGUCUGGCUAACAGCAUUCCGACCAUGAUUUUCUGUAACAAAAGUGACACGUGCUUCUGGGUCCACAAGUUACUGAAGGAGCAUGGCAUCCACAACAUUGUUCUCAAUGCUCAAAUGGACCGCAAGCUGAGGAGCGGCAAAUUUGCUAAUUUCCAGAAUGAAGCUGCUGAUAUUUUUGUGUGUACCGACAUCUGUUCUCGAGGUCUGGACACACUCAGGGUACAGCUGGUGAUUAACUUUGACCUGCCUUCAUAUGUAUCUGACUACAUUCACCGUUCGGGGCGGGUAGGACGUGUAGGGUCCAAGGACGGUGGUCGUGUCGUCAGCUUUGCCACACAAAAGUGGGACGUCAAGUUGAUUUGGAAUAUUGAGACGGCAGCAAGAAAAUCAGCAGAACUUGAAAAUGUGAACGCAAACAUUAAAAGAAAAAUUACAAGCAUUGUGCAGAAGAAAUUCCGAAAGCCAUCUGAAAAAUGAUUAAUGUAUGUUCUUAGGAGGGUGUUGAAUAUAACUAGUAAAAGUUUUGUAAACCUUUAACUGUGAUGGCAGUGAAUGGUUCAAGUUCUGUAAGUGUAACACAAUGAUCAAUGUAACUAAUUCAGUUCUGUAAGUGUAACACAAUGAUCAAUGUAACUGGUUCAAGUUCUGUAGUGUAAAACAAUGAUCAAUAUAACUGGUUCAGUUCUAUAAGUGUCACACAUCGAUCAUGGUAACUGGUUCAAGUU